GUGUGUGUGUGUGUGUGUGUGUGUGUGUGUGUUAUUAUAGCUGAAGUAAUUAUUAAUUGCUAUUAUGGUUGUGUCUAUUUGAAUAGAUAGGAGUACUCGUUUUAUUAUGUCACAUGCAAAACGUAACUAAUAAUUUUUUCAACUUCAAUUUUGUAUUUCAUUUUUAAUAUUUUAACGUAAAGUUACAAGUAUGGAAUUUAUAUACUUUCGCGAAUAGCAAUGAAUAUACAUGAUUAUCUUUCUUUCUCUGAAACUUUCAAAGACAGAGUUUGUGUGGCCCACUGAAAAAUUCGCACACUAGAGAAAUAAAUGCUGGUUUCCUAUUACGCCACGCAUCAGUGACCUUGAACUGUUAAACGUGACAUUUUGAGUGCUAAUUUUACUAGUGGUGGGUCGUUGUAUAUUAAGUGCAACACAGCUCUCAUCAAUGUGACCUGUUGGUUGAAAGUUCGUGGAAACCAGGAUCUAUAUUGUGUAGAUAAAACUUACUGAGUUUAGAAGAGGGAUCGGUUUAGUGAAGGUAGUAAAACGUACACCAGACCUAUUAGCAAAGACAAUAUGUGUCAACAUGUGUAGGAGAGGCUCCACCCAAAUGAGGACGAAAUCGACAUGCGACUUUAAACAACACACUGAUGAUGAUUGGCCGACAUGCGUGACGAUGUUAAACACCAGGAGACCACUUCCGGUCAAAUAUGGACGUUAAAUAUUUUGGCCAGUUGUCGCUAGAGAUCGGGAAAGAGUGGAGUCUUUUGGCCUACGAGUUGGGCUUCAGUGAUUCUCAGCUGGACCACCUCCGAUCAGCUUUCCCUUACAACAUACAACAAUGCAUCGCGUGCAUGCUUGCCAAGUGGCACGAGACGGUCUUGAAGCAUCGCGUUGAUCCUCUUCCGCUGCUGACGCGGUCUUUGGCGGGAGUUGACCGCUACGACUUGGUACAGAAGCUCAACAGUGAUUUCGAUGAUCCGGAUACGGGACCCCAAGUUAAUGAAAGCAAUGGAAACCUGGUCGAUUUCCACGCCACACUGAGAAAGAUCCGCUUUGGUCAUAUACAGGGCGACAUGCAGAUGUACAUGGAUCAGACCCAGAGAUUUCUAGAGUUCCAAAUGAAAGAUAAAAGUCAAUUUGUCAAUACACGUGCUGCAAAAGAGGCGUUCAACCUCCUUUCCUCGAAAGGAACGAUAACUCUAAUUGGUAACCCGGGUGAUGGAAAGUCUGCCAUAGCUGUUAACCUACUGAACCAGCUCCAAAAUGAAGGUUUAGCCGUUCUUGUUUUAUCCGACCCUGCCCUCAUAGAACGUAUCUAUGACGACGAAAAGCAAAUAGUAUAUUUUGUGGAUGAUGCUUUUGGAACACCAACAAUGAAUAUGAGACUUUUGGAAACAUGGACGCGACUUCAUGAUAAAAUUGAAAGCCUCAUCAAACUGGACAAGUGCAAACUUCUCUUAACAUCACGAAAGCAUGUUUACAUGAAGUGUCAGUCAUUAUUGUAUAAAUGUCCUUCUUACCGGGACAAUCUUGUCGACCUCUCUGGGGAUGAAUAUCGCCUCAGUAUGAUAGAGAAAAAAAGGAUAGCUGCAAAUCAUUGCCAAGGACAUGGCCUUUUCCCGCCACAGUUAGGAUUAACAAAUGCAAACGUUUAUGUACCCGGCUUCCCUCUCCUUUGUAAGAUGUUUGCCAAUGACAAACGUAUGCAGGAAUUAGACGUGUACUUAGACCAGACGCUUUCUAUCUUGCACAGCCAGUUACAACUUUUGGCCACAACCGAUGUUCACGCGUUCUGUGGCUUGGUGCUUAUCAUGAUGUUUGACGGUAGGCUUCCGCGGGAUGUCUUUGAUCAGUUCUCACCGUGUGAUGAACAGGUGCAAACAAAAUUCCAGACAAUCCUGAAGGUGUACGGUAUUCGGGCAUCUGAGGGUGGCAAAGUGGUUGAUUGUCUCGACGAAAUGAUCGGUGUUUACGUUGAAGAAAUAGAGGAAGAAUUUAGAUUUAUCCAUGACGCCAUCUUUGAUACUAUUUGUCUGCUAUUCGGUACACGCUAUCCCAAUGAAAUAAUUCGGGUGGCGUCGUCGACCUUCAUAGAGAAGAGGAUAAGAACAGAACAUAUUCCUGACGCAAAUUCAAACAGUCUCGCCGACGUUAUUAUAUUGAAGAAAUCGAAGUAUCACGUGUUGGCCGCUAGGUGGAUUAAAGACGCGUCACGUGGUAUAAUCCGGGCUAUGUUCAUCAAUCCGAGUAUCCGAGACGUGGGUAUGCAGUUGGCUUUUGCUGACCGGGUAAUGAAACUACCUCCACAAGCUGCAAUGGAUUUGCUCACUAGUGUAGAAUCAAAGACCUCGUCAACGAGCCAUUUUGAAGAAACCGUUCUGUUUUUGGCUUGUCAAAAUGGGCUUGUCUCUCUCGUAAAAGCUCUCAUGGAAAAGCAGAAGAUAUUGAAAGAUAACAACAACCUGGAAUACGCAUCUCGCCUGUCUAUACCAGACAUCUGUAUGAUGGAGUCUGUCAAUCGGAUACACUUGAAUGUUGUGCAAGUGUUACUAGACAACGGCGCGAUGGUUAACUUUGCGUAUGGGUCCAUGUGUGAUCGAUGUCUCCAUGUCGCGUGUAAGAAAGGCAGCCUAGAUUUAGUUAAACUAUUGCUCCGUCAUGGGGCGGAUGUUAAUCUCCAAGAUCACAACGGUAAACAGGCAGUGCAUUUCGCGAGUGAAUUCGGUCAUCUAGAUAUUCUAAAAGAAUUCGGUACCAAUAAUGCGUCAUUGUCGGUGAAGGACAAUACCGGCAAACAAGCAAUCCACUAUGCGGGCAAGGCUGGAAGUCUUGAGUGUGUUCAAUUUCUGCUGCAGGAAGGAAUUCGGUUGAACGUAACUGACAGGAUGGAUAAGACUGUACUACAUUACGCGUCAACUGCAGAUUACCCAGACCUCAUAAGACACCUUGUAUCCAAGGGGGCAUACACUAACUCUCCGGAUAGCAUGGGGGCAACUCCUCUACAUUUCGCAUGUAAGGCGAAUUUACCCAAGAACGUGGCGAUUCUUUUAAGUAAUGGUGCAGAUCCCGAUAGAGAAGACGCGUCUAUGUGUGUACCUCUACACUCCGUCUGUAAAGGGCAUAGUUCGGAAUCUGACGGAAGCAACUCCUUUCAAUGUGUCGAGCUUCUCUUGAACGUAGUUAGCGAUGUGAACGCUGUGGACAGUUAUGGUAAAACAGCCCUUCAUUAUGCUUGCGCCUGGGCUCGAGAUCGACGAUUAGAUUGCGUGACGUUGCUGUUGUCUAAGGGAGCGAACCCUAAUAUUACGGAUGACCAUGGACACCAGCCUGUAUUUUAUGCUUGUGAGAGUGGGAACCUGAAAUGUCUACAGGCGCUUGUAAACCAUGGCAUUGACGUGAAUCAUCGAGGACAUCAGGGGAAGCAACCCAUUCAUUAUGCGUGUGGACGGGGCAAUAUCGAUGUUGUCAAGAUGUUGGUUGCCAAGGGAGCAUCCAUUACAUCUGUGGACGACAAAGGGAAACAACCCAUUCACUACGCCAGUCAGCACGGUAACGAUGAAUGUGCAAAUUAUCUUCUAGAUUGUAACAUUGAUGUGAACUGUGUUGAUGAACGGGGCUGGCGUCCCUUACACUACGCCUGCAAAUGGUGCCGCCCUAACGCCGUCCGUCUGUUAAUGAGUAAAGGCGCUGCUUCUGCGGAUACAGACAAUGACAACAAGAAACCAGAUGACCUCGUGCCUAACUGGUCAUCUAGAAGAAGUCGAAUCAAGAGGUACCUCCGUGGAAAUAGUCUUGAUAAAAAUGCUUUUGAAUGACAGGGGACACUGUAUUUGAUACCAAUUGAAAGGACUAGUUACGGAUAAAUGUCUUACCGUCUAUCAGACUAAAUGAACUAUAGUUUGAUUAUCAUUUCGCUGAAGGUCAUCUGAAUGGCCGUAUCACAGUAUAUUGGAGCCUGAUUAGUUUGCAGUCUGAAUAUCAUGUAGAUACAUGUAUCUAAUUUAGUCUGAAUACCAUGCUGUCAUGCGUCUCUAAGACGGUUUGUAUAAUACAUAGAGAUGUAUCUCUAAAACAAGCUGUAUCACAUGAGGAUAUUUUUUUGCGCGAAAACGGUCUAAAUAUCGUGUGUUUCUAAUGCAAUGUGUAUACACUUUACAACGUAGACAUGUGUCUUUACAUAGUCCCAACGAGGACGGAUAUUUCUUCAAAUAUUUCGGACAUCUUAUCAAUAUAUGUCUAUUACAACUUUAAUGUCGGGUGAUAGGUCUGAAUAUCGUAUAGACACGUGUCUCUGAUAGGUCUUAAUAUCGUAUAGACACAUGUCUCUGAUACGGUCUGAAUACUGUAUAGGCACGUGUCUCUGAUAGGUCUGAAUACCAUAUAGGCACGGUUCUCAUAUAGGUCUGAAUACCAUAUAGGCACGUGUCUCUGAUAGGUAUGAAUACGAUAAAGACACGUGUCUCUGAUAGGUCUGAAUACGAUAGAGACACGUGUCUCUGAUAGGUCUGAAUACGUUAGGGACACGUGUCUCUGAUAGGUCUGAAUAUCUUAUAGACACGUGUCUCUGAUAGGUCUGAAUACGAUAGGGACACAUGUCUCGGAUAUGUCUGAAUACGAUAGAAACACGUGUCUCUGAUGCGGUUUGAAUACGAUAAAGACAUGUGCCUCUGAUAGGUCUGAAUAAAUCAACACCAUUCUAUAUAACCGGAUAUACGUGAUAUGUACAGACAUCCUUUUGAUUUGCGCAUUACUUUGGUAGCCAUGAUUCCUUUUGAUAAAUCCAAUAUAUAUAGAUACCAUCUCGUUUUACAGAAGCUGGUUGAUAUUCAAUAUUGUAGGAUGAAGUACAAAAAAUAAAUAUAAGAUUACUAUGGUUAAUAUCGUAGAAACUGCCCAAUGUAGUUAUGUGUAUCCCUUGGAUAAAAACGUAAAUACAAACAUAAACGUAUACUUGUCGCUGUAAACAGAAUUUGACUUGUCCAUAAACAAAGAUACAAAUACAUAUUUCUUUCUUACUAUCAGGAAUAUUUUAUACAUCCACACAUAUAUAUAUAUACCUUUUUAUGAAAUAAAAAAGAAAUGCUUCUAUUGGAAAA